GAGAGAGAUGGGGAGGAGGAGGAGUUCGCCGGCGAGCGAGUUGCUUGAAUGGGUGCAGAGGCAGUCUAUGCGGCUGAAGAUUUGUCUUGGGGCGGCGCUUGCUCUUUGUGCUUUGGUGGCUUUGAAGCUUACCGUUAGCAAUAACCACUACUUCUUCAUCGGCUCAGAAUCCGUCCAUGCUGCCGGGAUCGUCGUCUUGGUUUACAAGCUCACCACCAAGAAGACCUGCUCUGGCCUAUCAUUGAAGACUCAAGAACUCACAGCUCUGUUCCUAUUUCUAAGAUUGCUCUCAAGCAUCUCCUGGGAGAGUAAGAUUCACCUUGUACUAGAUUUCAUCUCUCUCCUGGCGACGGCAUGGGUUGUAUACAUGAUCCGCUUCAAGCUGAAGUCAACCUACAUCAAGGACUUCGACAAAUCUCCCAUUCUUUAUUUGGUGCCGGUUCUUCUUACGCUUGCCUUUUUGGCCCACCCAAACACGCCACAAUCUUUCUUCAUUCGAGUCUCCUUUGCAUUUAGUAUGUAUAUGGAAGCUGUUUCAGUGCUGCCUCAGCUUUAUUUCAUGCGGAACGCAAAGAUGAUUGAACCAUUUACGGCCCAUUAUGUGUUUGCAUUGGGAGUUUCAAGAUUCUUGGCAUGUGCUUAUUGGAUAAUUCAGAUUUACGAGACCAAUGGGAGGUAUUUUUUCCUGUUUGGCAGCGAUUACUUUUGGUUCUUGUCUGCUUUUCUUUCAGAAAUUGUCCAAACAUUUAUCUUGGCUGACUUUUGUUACUAUUACAUCAAGAGUUGCAUUCAAGGCCAACAUAUGGUGAGGAUGCCACUUUAGAAAAUUUCAGGCUUUGGAGAGCAUAACAAUAUUGUACAUUUCGUUUCAUCCAAGUAUCCUAUCCAG